AGCAGCAGCAGCAGUAGAUGUUAACACAGUAUUAAGAUGAAUAAUGUUAUUCUUGGCCUGCUGUCUUUUCUAUAAAUCCUUCUCUAGAGCAAGGGUCUUCACAUCUACUUGUCUUCAGGAGUCCCUCUGUGGGUUGAAUGCUUGUUGUUCUAGUUCUCCAGAAUGACCCAAACGGUUCACGUCUGAAUUCCUACUUGCUAUUCCUCAGUCAGUAAAACUCUUGGAAAUUGAAAAAAACUGAUUGAAUCAAAACUUUAAAGUUCUGGGUCAAUUCCAUGUUUAUUUGCUUUUUGUAUAAUACGCCUGCCUUGUACUUUUCAGAUGUAUCUCAAUUUUUUUUGUGGAGUUCCAGACAUAUUUUGCUCAGGAUUAUGCACAAACAGCAUGGAUCCAUUCCAUUGUAGACUGUGUGACUAUGCUUUGUGUGCAAUACCACAGCCUUCUCACAGAGUCCACAAGACAUUUCUGUUGAACCUCUUUUUUAAAAUUAUUUUUGAAGCUCCACUUGGGAGUGCUGUCAGUAACCACUUAUCCUGUCAAGUGGGAAUCAUGCUGGGUGGCUUGCUUGCAUCUACUGGUUUCAUCCUGGGCUCAUUUGCCACCAGCCUGAAGCAUCUCUACCUCACUCUGGGAGUUCUUACAGGUCUUGGAUUUGCACUUUGUUACUCUCCUGCGAUUGCCAUGGUUGGCAAGUAUUUCAGCAGACGGAAAGCCCUUGCUUAUGGGAUCGCCAUGUCAGGGAGUGGCAUUGGCACCUUUGUCCUGGCUCCUGUGGUUCAGCUCCUUAUUGAACAGUUUUCCUGGAGGGGAGCACUUCUCAUUCUCGGGGGCUUCGUUUUGAAUCUCUGUGUUUGUGGUGCCUUGAUGCGGCCAAUUACUCUUAAAGAGGACCGUUCAAGUCCAGAGCAGAAAUGUGAUUGUCGAACUCAGAAAGAAGACUGUAAGCGGGCAGCUCCUUAUUCACCUUUGACCAAAGAAUGGGCGCAGACCUGCCUGUGUUGCUCUUUGCAGCAGGAAUACAGUUUUUUGCUGAUGCCAGACUUUGUUGUGUUAGCCGUCUCUGUUCUGUUUAUGGCUUACGGCUGCAGCCCUCUCUUUGUGUACUUGGUGCCUUAUGCUUUGAGUGUCGGAGUGAGUCACCAGCAAGCUGCUUUUCUUAUGUCCAUACUUGGGGUGAUUGACAUUAUUGGCAAUAUCACAUUUGGAUGGCUAACCGACAGAAGGUGUCUGAAGAAUUACCGGUAUGUUUGCUACCUCUUUGCUGUGGGCCUAGAUGGGCUCUGCUAUCUCUGCCUUCCAAUGCUUCGAAGUCUCCCCCUCCUGGUGCCUUUCUCUUGUACCUUUGGCUAUUUUGAUGGAGCCUACGUGACCUUGAUCCCAGUAGUGACUGCUGAAAUAGUAGGGACCACCUCUUUGUCAUCAGCGCUGGGUGUGGUGUACUUCCUUCAUGCAGUGCCCUAUUUGGUGAGCCCACCCAUUGCAGGAUGGCUGGUGGAUACAACUGGCAGCUACACUGCAGCGUUCCUUCUCUGUGGAUUUUCAAUGAUCUUUAGUUCUGUGUUGCUUGGCUUUGCUAGACUUGUAAAGAGGAUGAAAAGAACCCAGCUGCCAUUCCUUGCCAAAGAAUCUGAUCCCAAGCUGCAGCUUUGGACCAAUGGAUCAGUGGCUUAUUCUGUAGCAAGAGAAUUAGAUCAGAAAGAUGGGGCUUCUGUGGCUACAGCAGCUCCUGGUUACAACCUCACAUGACCAAUGGCCUUCAGCCUGGGAAUCUUUGGGGCUGAUGGAAGAAAGGCCACCAGACUGGCAUAUUUCUGAAGCAUUUUAUUUUGGCAGAAGUAUUGUCUUCUAGGGAAAUCAUUAUUAUUGUUUUGUUAACAUAUUUAUAAGGGAAAAUAGAAAAAAAUAAAGAAAGCUGGACUAGCCUAGAGUUUCUUCAUUUGUAAUUUGGACUUGUAAUACUGCUCUAUGGGGAAUGGAAGGAGUUGAUAGUGUUGGCUGUGAUUAAGGGUAGUUCCAAGGCAUAGCCAAAGCAAGUGACCUGGCAGCAGCACUGUAAUCCCCAACACUCUGCUCCCAUCUCCGCCCCCUUCAUCCCCCCUCAGAAGGCAAACAGAAACACUGACGCGUGGGAUUGCUUACCCUAUGCAGUUUGCAGAAGUGUGUGGGGGGGUCAUCUUGGGUGUGCUGGCAGAGUGUGAAAAUGCCAAUCCUUUUUCAAGGUGGAGUUCCUCAUUAGGGUUUUAAACAGGGUGGUUAAAGCAUACUUGAGAUUCUUGCAAAGGUAAUGAUUAAUAUAAAAAGAGACCCCCCAUACCCCUUUCUUAGUCUUCCAGCUAGCCCUUGCUUCUGCCAAUGGGUAGAUAUCACUUUGAGAAUCCAUGAAAUGCCAUGGUUGGAAUGGCAUCUUAAAGGGUAGCUGGUAAGAUCUGUUUGAAAUUGCUUGAAAUGGAAAGCUCCUUUCCUAAGACUGUCCCAGGCACACACCUCUGUUACUAUCACAUACUAACUGUAAAUUCAGGAGGACCUGUCAAGUUACAAGGGCAGCCUUUCUAUCUUUUCUAAAAUAUUAACUAUGCCAAAACUCCCCACUUUUUUUCUUCAGAGUGAGGGGAAAAAAAAAAAAACAACGCUCAUUUAAACUGCAGACACAUUUCUGCUAGGGACAGAAAAAUGUUGGCAGUAUUCCAACUGAGCAGGAAUUGAAUUCUUGAAUCAGCAGGUCUCUGGUGAGCAUUUUCUUUGCAGAUCAGACAUUAGAUUCAUCAUUACCCAGAAGAGUACUUGGGGGAUUUGAACUGAAAAAUAUUACCCUAGAGAUAUUCUGAAGGUGAGAUCCUGUGUUCUUGGUGCAACGCCUAGUGCCUUUCAUCUCUUUAUGGAUAAUAACUAGAAACCUAACCCACUGGAUUAUACUAGUUUAUUCAUCCCCCAGAUACCCCACUUUCCUGUGUUUUGGGAUCAUUUCUGAGUUUUCAGAUCCAAGAGGAAGGUUUUGGAUACAGAAGAGAAAGGCCAGGUCCCCCAGUUUAUCUCUAGCUGUUUGAAAUUCAGAGUUGUAAUCUCAAGUCCCAAGUCAUGUCAGAUCUAUAAACACAGAUGAGUUGUAUAAUUACAACGGGGGUGGGGGGUGUGAGGUUAAUUAUUAAAGAAUUUAAAAUCCAAACUUCAAAAAAAUAUUUUGACGCCAAAGACCAUUUAGCCCACUACCCCUCAAGAGGCCUCUCCAAUGACCUGCCAGGGUUACAGGAAUUAAAACAAAGAAAGGGGGAAGAUUUGAAGUUGGCUGAAGAGUCCUUGCUUGGAACUGGAUUAUUUCACAAAAUUAAUUGUUAGUUUAUUGCCUGCAGAAUGAGAUACUGGCUUGAUUUAAUAUUUCAUAAUUGUUUUCCAAAAAGAAAUAUGAAUGUUGUCUGUUAUCUCUUUCCACAGUUUGAGAAUUGAGUUUUUGAAUCCAUGGAAUUUGUCAUUUGAAAAUUUUAAAAAUAUUUUGAAAAAAAUCUGUAAAAAAAAAAAUCAAAGUUAAAAUGAAGUUAUAUAUGUUUGGAAUAGCACUUUACCUUAAAUAUCAUUUCUUAAAUCUUUAAGCCAAAUAUUUUUAAAAAUUUAAGUAGCUAUAAAUACUCAUACAUAUUUUUUCAUAGUGAUCACAGUAAAGUUUUUGUUUAUGUGCUUCUAUAAUAUAAUUUCUCUAAAGUAUUUAUGAAAAAUGAGCAUAAUGAGAGGUUUUAAAGAUUUGUAUAAAAUGAUUUGGGAUAUUGUGACUUUGUACAUGCAUAAAAUUUGCAUUUUACUUUCUGUCCUGGAGCAGAAUUUUCAGAAAGCCAGUCAGAAAAAUGUAGAUCCACAAUAUUGCCAUCUGCUCAGAAUUUUACUGUUAAUGUUCCAUAUAUUUAUAUGGUUUAUUUCAAAACUGAAGAAUUCAUGGGAAUGAUGUAUUUUAUGGGAUCAAGAACAAAACUGUAGUAGAAUGAUUCUACAUCUUGAAUAUUUCUUUAUAUCAUUGUAAAUUUUACUUUGGAAUUGACUGAGUAGAAAAGCAGAAAAAAUUAUCUACUUUUAUAGUUGUGCUCUACCUUUGGGCCCUUUGUUCAGAUUAUAAUUUCACUAAUAAAUUAGAUAUGUAUGCUAAUAUUUUCCUAUUUCAAAUAAAAUGAGUUUAUAGUCA